AUGAUAAAUAAAAUACCUCCAAUAUUAUCCAAUGUAAUCAAUGGUGGUUUAUUAAUAACAUCACCUCUAUGGUUUGUAGGGUGUUUGUUUACGGCAAUCACAUUGGAAGAUAUUCAUGGUGUUCCCCCAUUAUAUAUUUCCAACUUGAUAUCAUUAUCAUCCACUCCAUUUGUAUUAUUAUUUUCAUUAGGCUAUCAAAGAAGAAUAGGGUUUAAUAAAAAAGUAGCUUUAAUGCCAUUGAUACCAAUAACCACAUUUUUUACAGGAAUGAAGCUUUAUGAGUAA